CCUGAAGAUUUUAACCAUUGAUAUUUAAAUGUCAAGGUGGUUUGCUGUAAACCGCUUCUAAACUGGGCUAAAUUAAGACGAGGUACCGGUUUAGUGUUUAAACAUACUGUCUGCACCAGGGAGUGGCCAGUAUAUGGCACGAAUGUGAAGGGGGGGUUAGUGGUCAUUUCUAGGUGGGAUGCAGCUAAUGUCAGAAAGGUGUGUUUGGGUCAAGUCAACCUUUUACCCAAUGCUCAUAACCUGUUAUUUUGAAUCUUAAUUCUAACCAUAAUUUGAAGUCUGACAUUUGCUUGUCAAAACUGGGUUUACUUGCAUGGGGCUAGCAGUGUACACCACUUGGGUGCUUGUUAAAAUUGACAAUGCAGGCUGGUAUUUGUCCUCAAAAGGGAUUCGUUUGAAGUGAGCAUGGUUGAUAGCAUAAUUUAGUGGGGUUGUCAAUGUUAAGCAAGGGUCAGAUAAAAUGGCCCCAGGCACAGUAGUCAGAGCAAAAAUGUGUACAACUAUACAAUGCACGUUAUAUAAAUAGAAGCAGUCUCCUGUUGACCACCCUGCCUGUUGCGUGCCCUGGCUGUCACCUCCACGGAAGGGCACAGAAAGCCGCCAUGACACUUAAUCAGAUUACGUUUCCUCUGCUCGGAGCAGGAGAGCAGAAUCGGGGUAAGAACUGAAGGCUUUUGUCAUCCUGUCUACCUCUAGCAUUCCAUGGAGCUCUAAAAUGAUUGGCUAUAGCCCCACCAUUACCGCUGAACCUCUUGGUGAAAUUAGCCGUAGUUUAUACCUAUUCAGCUGUACAAGUGGCUAAAGGCAUUCAUAUUGAUUCGGAUUUGGCGUGUGAAGGCCAGAAAAAAUCCUUACGGACCACCCUGACAUUACAACCCGGGCAGUGAGGAAGGUGGGAAGUUGUAUUUUCCGUAGGGCUAGUACUGUACUCACCCUCCAUACCACUCUGCCCAACACUGGGACCAUGAGUGCACAGCCCCCUGCUAAGGAGGCCGCUCCCUGUGAGUAUGCUGGCAUACUAGGGGACAGCUCGGAGUCUGACCAAGAGCCCAGUCCAGAGGACCAGCUGGCUGCCUCCUGGGAGAACCUUCCUAUACUGGAAAGACUGGGCCUCAGCAUUGGUACAGAGAUGACUGAAGAGGAGGUAGAGAGUGCAUUUACCCAGCUGGCUCUGGCGUUCCGUUGUAACCAGUACACCCUGGCCCAGAGACUGCAGGCUGAGGAACACGACAGAACCGUGGCCCAGGCGAACCUCAACCUGGAACUGGAGAGUGCCAGAGACACUCUGCGGUCUCUGAGAGGUAGGUGUGUAGACGCUGAGCGGUCAGAGAUGCUGAGUUGUAUCGAGGCCAGUCUAGGCACAGUGCUGGACGGCGUGAGUGACAUCAUCGCUACUGCUGAGAUGCUGGGGGUCGUGCACCAGGAAGCACGAGUUUGUUGUUCUGUGGAAAUUAUGGAGGUUCAUGUGGAACACCUGAAGCGUCAACAUGCUGUGGAGAGCGCUGAGCUGCUGGAGACCAGAAAGCGGCUCCACCGCAGCCGGGGCAGGAAUCACAGUGACUCAGAGGAAGGAGACGUCAGGAAUCGGUUUGUCAGACGAGACUCCCUACAGACCCUCACUCGGCGACGAGUCAGCGUAACACUAAUCCCAACGGGGUCCCAGCUCAGCGACCUAGAAACCAAGUUCCAGGAGGGCUGCAGGGCUGGUGCUGACACUGACAGCCAGGGGCCAGAAGUAGGCAGUGUGAACCAAGCCAGCAGUUCCCUGCAGAUGACGCUGCGUCACAGGCGGAGGUCUGCCGUCCUGGAGCGUGAGGCCGAAGCUGAGGGGUCAGGGGUGGAGUCAGCAACGGGGUCAAGAGCAGGGUCAAUAGUUGGCACAGCCGAGCCCAGUGAGCUCUCUAUGGCCGAAUCGGUAUUCACCUCAGAGCCGCAAGUGGUUCUGUCAGAGCAGAAUCCCCAAGCUUCCUGGCUGUCUUACUGUCUCUGGGUCCUGGUGGUACUGCUCCUCUUGGCUCUCUCUUUCUUCAUCUUGCUGGGGUUCCUACUCUGGGGCCUGAGGGUUCCUCACCACAGCCCUAGCUUCUGACAUCUCACUUCUGCAGCACUGUCUCAGCUCGACACCACAGAGUUCUGGGUUCCACAAUCUGUGUUCUAAGAUAUGACUUCUGUACCACGGUUCUGAGCUACCCACCGCCUCCAUGGACUGGGCCCACACUACCUGCGAUAAUAUGUUGAACAAAUUGCUUGCACUCGACCUGUAAUAUGAUGGAUGUAAUAUGUUCUAUGAUAUCUGUGCAUAUUAUUUGUGUUGUCAGCUGUGCAUGACAAAUUACAUGAAAUGAACAAAAUGGAUUUUUGUAUCUGUGUUUAAAAUCCAAAUCAAAUUGUAUUCGUCACAUGCUUUGUAAACAGCAGAUGUGGACUAACAGUGAAAUGCUUACUUACAGGUCCUUCCCAACAAUGAAGAGAGAAAGGAAAUAGAGAAAUAAUAGACAAGCCAAGCAGGAAAUAACACAUACAAUAGAUACGAUAACUUGGCUAUAUACAAGGGUACCAGUAACGAGUCGAUGUGCAGGUGUACAAGGUAAUUGAUGUAAUAUGUACAUGUAAGUAGGAAUACAGUGACAGAUAGUGAACAGUAGCAGAAGCGUAUGUGAUGUGUCAAAGUGAGUGCAAAAAGGGUCAAUGCAGAUAGUCUGGGUAGCCAUUUGGUUAACUAUUGAACUAUUUAGCAGUCUUAUGGCUUGGAGGUAGAAGCUGUUCAGGGUCCAGUUGGAUCCAGACUUGGUGCAUCGAUACUGCUUGCUGUGCGGUAGCAGAGAGAACAAUCUAUGACUUGGCUGGCCGGAGUCUUUGACAGUUUUUAGGGCCAUCUUCUGCCACCGCCUGGUCUAGAUGUCCUGGAUGGCAGGGAGCUCGUCCCCAGUUAUGUAAUGGCCCGUACACACUUCCUUCUGUAACACCUUGCGGUCGGGUGCCAAGCAGUUGCCAUACCAAGCGGUGAUGCAGCCGGUCAAAAAUGCUCGCGAUGGUGCAGCUGUAGAGCUUUUUGAGGAUCUGAAGGCCCAUGCCAAUUCUUUUCAGCCUCCUGAGGGGGAAGAGGUGUUGUGCCCUCUUCACGACUGUGUUGGUGUCUUUGGAUCACGAUAGAUCCUUAGUGUUGUGGACACUGAGGAACUUGGCACGUCCUGUGCUGUCCAGACUCAAACGGUCAAGCUCGUAUCAAACUCUAUAUUUGUCUUUGGGGUGGGCCCAAGGCACCAUCAGCAGAGCUGGGGCACGUUGGAAAAUAUGGCCAGACAAAAGUGCAGAGCCUUUGUUUCUGCAAUAUGCACCGGCCAGUGCGACAGGGAUGAGUGAAUGAAAACUCUUUGUCUUUUGCUUAUUAUGUUUCCCACGUUCCAAAUCAGUGUCUGAAUAUUAAAGCAGUGCGCACAUUGUUAAGGGUCCUGUUUUCUCUCUCAAAUGACACUGGAAUACUCAGUCCAGAUGCUCAUGUUAUUCAGAUGACUGUCAGAGAUAGACAAAGCUUCAUGCUGGUUGACCCUGGCUAUUAUCGCUAAUUAGUAGGAAUGAUGACAGCUUUGCACACGCUAGGUAUUCUCUCAACCAGCUUCAUAAUAUAGUCACCUGGAAAUCAUUUCAAUUAACAGGUGUGCCUUGUUAAAAGUUUAAUUUGUGGAAUUUCUUUCCUUAAUGCAUUUGAGCCAAUCAGUUGUUUUGUGACAAGGUAGGGUUGGUAUACAGAAGAUAUCCCUAUUUGGUAAAAGACCAAGUCCAUAUUAUGGCAUAAACAGCUCAAAUAAGCAAAGAGAAAGGACAAUCCAUCAUUACUUUAAGACAUGAAGGUCAGUCAAGCCGGAAAAUUUCAAGAACUUUUAAAGUUUCUUCAAGUGCAAUCGCAAACACCAUCCAAGCACUAUGAUGAAACUGGAUCUCAUGAGGACCGCCACAGGAAAGGAAGACCCAGAGUUACCUCUGCUGCAGAGGAGAAAUUCAUUAGUUACCAGCCUCAGAAAUCUGCAAUGAACUGCACCUCUGAUUGCAGCCCAAAUAAAUGCUUCACAGAAUUCAAGUAACAAACACAUCUCAACAUCAACUGUUCAGAGUAGACUGUGAAUCAGGCCUUAAUGGUGAAAUUGCUGCAAAGAAAUCACUACUAAAGGACACCAAUAAGAAGAAGAGACUUGCUUGGGCCAAGAAACACGAGCAAUGGACAUUAGACCGGUGGAAAUCUGUCCUUUGGUCUGAUGAAUCCAAAUUAGAGAUUUUUGGUUCCAACCGCUGUGUCUUUGUGAGACGCAGAGUAGGUGAACGGAUGAUCUCCGCAUGUGUGGUUCCCACAGUCACAGUGAAGCAUGGAGGAGGAGGUGUGGGGGUGCUUUGCUGGUGACACUGCCUGUGAUUUAUUUAGAAUUUCAAGGCACACUUUACCAGCAUGGCUACCACAGAAUUCUGCAGUGAUAUGCCAUCCCAUCUCGUUAGUGCUUAGUGGGCCUAUCAUUUGUUUUUCAAUAGGACAAUGACCCAAAACACACCUCCAGGCUGUGUAAGGGCUAAGGAGGAGAGUGAUGGAGUGCUGCAUCAGAUGACCUGGCCUCCACAAUCAUCUGACCUCAACCCAAUUGACAUGGUUUGGGAUGAGUUGGACCGCAGAGUGAGGGAAAAGCAUCAUGCAUAGUCCUCAGCAUAUGUGGGAACUCCUUCAAGACUGUUGGAAAAGCAUUCCAGGUGACUACCUCAUGAAGCUGGUUGAGAGAAUGCCAAGAGUGUGCAAAGCUGUCAUCAAGGCAAAGGGUGGCUACUUUGAAGAAUCUAAAAUAUGUUUUGAUUUGUUUAACACUUUUUUUGGUUACUACAUGAUUCCCUGACAAAAGUUUCACCAGGAGAAUGUUCUGACCCACACUCUAAAAUCACAUACACAACUUGAUCUAUUUCCCAUUCACUGAUUGGAGGGAAAACUGUUGGAAUGUUACUUUAAUUUAAAUGAGGAAGUUUUCAUAGUUUUGACGUCUCAGUAUUAUUCUACACUGUAUAAAGAAAAACGCUUGAAUGAGUAGGUGUGUCCAAACUUUUGACUGGCACUGUUAUACAUACAUAAUGUUUCACCCUUAUAUUAGUAUGUACUUGAAAAUACAGAGUGUUUCACAACAUUAAGACAUCUUCAUAAAAUGUUUUUAUUAAUACAAGUGUCUAUCAUUGUUCUUUCACUUUGAGAAUGUAGAGCAGGUUGUGCAGAUAGGUGUGAAUACAAUUGAAUCCCAUUUUACAUUUAAUAAUAAGGCAGCAACAUGUGAAAACUGCAAGGGGUGUGUAGACUUUCACUAGGCACUGUAUAGACUUGUUUUUUCCAUAACGAACAUAUAGGACCGUUAAGAGCAGACAAUUCUCGUCGCCACACAAACCAAACCUCUUCAACCCUCCCUUAAUCCUCCUUGUUAACCACUCCCUAUAUGGAGAUAAUAUAGGAUCACAUAUCUAAUAUAUAUGAUUACUGGACCAUGAGCCGUAUCCUCUGAAACCCCACCACCUCUCUCAGCCACAACGACUGACAUGCAUACAUAUAUAGAAUAUUAGUUACAGAAGACACUAUGCGGGCUCUCUCACCCAACCCCUGCACACAUAACCACCGUCUCCUGAAAAUGUUAUGUCCACUACAGUGAGUUCGUAAGAUCAUGUUGGUUCUGGCACUGCAGCUCAUGGUCUUUAUGCAGUAAAGCAGGAAAUCUAACAAUGAUACGAUCCCUGCUAAUAGCACCAUGGUGAGCGCAUCACUUACUGCAUUAGCUGGUUGGCUGUGUCACUAAUCUGCUAAGUGUGGCUAUCAAUAUCCUGGCAGCCAUUGAAUGACAAAAGGUCCAGUGCUGUAUCUGGUGCAUCCAGCCACUGCUGCUGAAAUUAGGCUAAAUUAAGUCAGAGGGCAUCUAAGACUAACCUUCUUUCCGGAAGAGCAGGGACAUUCUGAGGCUGCUAAAACCUCAAUUGAACUAUAUCCAAAGCUGACUUCUAAUUUAACAUUGACUUUUUGUGCCUAACCAUAUCCUGUUUUGACCAUUGCCCUAAGAAUAGUGGGUUGGGAUGACUUUAAUAUUUUCACUCCCUAUUAGUGCUGCACACGUUGGUAUUUGAAACGCAAAUGGGAGUGGCCAGCAGCCCCGCAAUCUCCCAAUUUGAACCCUGAACCUAGUGUAGAUGUAUGUGUCAUGGAUGAAACAUGUUAGAGAAUGCAGUUGCAGUCACACUAUGCAUGCAUAUGUCCUGUACCAAAUUAAUACCCCUCCUUUGAUGCCCUUUGUCUGUCAUUGUCAUGUCUGCCCCCGCUCCCCCUCUCUGGCUCUCGAGGCCGCCAGGCCGCUCAUCAUUAUGCACACCUGUCACCAUCAUUACGCGCAUCCUUGCUUAAUCGGACUCACCUGGACUCCAUCACGUUAUUAUUUACCUCCCCUAUAUCCGGAGCCCGCGCCUCGAGCCGGCUCGCCCAGGUAGGACGCCAGGUGGCGCCCCUAGAGGGGGGGGUACUGUCACAUCUGCUCCCGUUUUGCCUCUGGUGCACGAGGCCGCUAGGCCGCUCAACAUUACGCACACCUGUCACCAUCGUUACGCACAUCAACACUUCGUCGGACUAACCUGCACUCCAUCACGUUAUUAAUUACCUCCCCUAUAUCUGUCACUUCCUCUGUUUCUUUCCCGAGUCAGCAUUAAUGUUGUUAUGUGUUCCUUGUCCAAACGCUGUUUGUUUUUUGUUUCUUGUUUGUUUAUUCAUUAAAUAUU